AUGGCGUCCCAUAUUGCUGGAUACCCUCGCAUGGGCCCCAAGAGGGAGCUCAAGUUUGCCUUGGAGUCUUUCUGGGAUGGGAAGAGCAGCGCCGAGGAUUUGGAGAAAGUUGCCACUGACCUCAGGUCUAGCAUCUGGAAGCAAAUGUCAGAAGCUGGGAUCAAGUACAUUCCCAGCAACACCUUCUCGUACUACGACCAGGUCCUUGAUACCACAGCCAUGCUUGGCGCUGUCCCAGAGCGCUACUCUUGGACUGGAGGCGAGAUUGGCUUGAGCACCUACUUCUCAAUGGCCAGGGGAAAUGCCAGUGUCCCUGCUAUGGAGAUGACCAAGUGGUUUGACACAAACUACCACUUUAUUGUCCCUGAGCUUGGCCCAAGCACCAAGUUCACAUACGCUUCACACAAGGCUGUCUCUGAGUACAAGGAGGCAAAGGCGCUCGGCAUUGAUACAGUCCCAGUGCUUGUUGGACCAGUCUCAUACUUGCUCCUCUCUAAGCCUGCCAAGGGUGUGGAGAAAUCGUUCUCUCUUCUUUCACUUCUUGGUAGCAUUCUUCCCAUAUACAAGGAGGUUGUUGCUGAGCUGAAGGCAGCUGGUGCUUCUUGGAUUCAGUUUGAUGAGCCUACCCUUGUUAAAGACCUUGCUGCUCAUGAACUGGCUGCAUUCUCUUCAGCAUAUGCUGAACUGGAGUCAGCAUUCGCUGGAUUGAAUGUGCUUAUCGAGACAUACUUUGCUGACAUUCCUGCUGAGUCCUACAAGACCCUCACGUCAUUGAGUGGUGUGACUGCUUACGGUUUCGAUCUUAUCCGCGGAGCCAAGACCCUUGAUCUUAUCAGGAGCAGCUUCCCCUCUGGGAAGUACCUCUUUGCUGGUGUUGUAGAUGGACGCAACAUUUGGGCUGAUGAUCUUGCUGCAUCUCUUAGCACUCUUCAGUCUCUUGAGGCUGUUGCUGGCAAGGACAAACUUGUGGUGUCAACCUCCUGCUCACUGAUGCACACCGCUGUUGAUCUUGUAAAUGAGACUAAACUGGAUGACGAGAUUAAGUCAUGGCUUGCAUUUGCUGCCCAAAAGGUUGUUGAGGUUAAUGCCCUUGCCAAGGCUUUGGCAGGCCAAAAGGAUGAGGCUUACUUUGCAGCCAAUGCUGCUGCUCAGGCCUCAAGGAGAUCAUCACCCAGAGUGACAAACGAGGAGGUCCAAAAGGCUGCAGCUGCUUUGAAGGGCUCUGACCACCGCCGUGCUACCACUGUUUCUGCUAGAUUGGAUGCUCAGCAGAAAAAGCUCAACCUUCCUGUCCUUCCCACAACCACAAUUGGUUCAUUCCCUCAGACUGUGGAACUCAGGAGGGUCCGCCGUGAGUACAAGGCAAAGAAGAUCUCUGAGGAGGAAUACAUCAGUGCCAUCAAGGAAGAAAUCAGCAAGGUUGUCAAGAUCCAAGAGGAGCUUGACAUUGAUGUGCUUGUGCAUGGAGAGCCUGAGAGAAAUGACAUGGUUGAGUACUUCGGUGAGCAAUUAUCUGGUUUUGCAUUCACUGCCAACGGAUGGGUGCAAUCUUAUGGAUCACGUUGUGUGAAGCCACCCAUUAUCUAUGGUGAUGUCAGCCGGCCGAACCCCAUGACUGUUUUCUGGUCCAAGACAGCACAAAGCAUGACCGCUCGUCCCAUGAAGGGAAUGUUGACUGGUCCAGUCACAAUCCUCAACUGGUCAUUUGUCAGGAACGACCAGCCUAGGUUUGAGACAUGCUACCAAAUAGCUCUUGCAAUCAAAAAGGAGGUUGAGGAUCUUGAGGCUGCUGGUAUUCAGGUGAUCCAGAUUGAUGAGGCAGCUCUAAGGGAGGGUCUGCCACUGCGCAAGUCAGAGCAUGCAUUCUACCUGGACUGGGCUGUCCACUCUUUCAGAAUCACCAACUGCGGAGUCCAGGACACCACCCAGAUCCACACUCAUAUGUGCUACUCCAACUUUAACGAUAUCAUCCACUCCAUCAUUGACAUGGAUGCCGAUGUGAUCACCAUCGAGAACUCCCGGUCUGAUGAGAAGCUACUGUCUGUCUUCCGUGAGGGUGUGAAGUACGGAGCUGGCAUUGGCCCUGGUGUCUAUGACAUCCACUCUCCCAGGAUUCCCUCUACCGAGGAGAUUGCGGACCGCGUCAACAAGAUGCUUGCCGUGCUUGACACCAACAUCCUCUGGGUGAACCCGGACUGUGGUCUCAAGACACGCAAGUACACGGAGGUCAAGCCCGCCCUGACCAACAUGGUUUCCGCCACCAAGCUCAUCCGCACCCAGCUUGCCAGCGCGAAAUGA